AUGGCAUGUGCAGUGGUUCCACAAUUCAUCAGUGAAAUUGCCUCACAACGAGUACGUGGUGCAGCUGGCGCUGCUUUUCAACUCGUCCUGACCGUUGGAAUUCUUGUUGCACAAUUUAUUGGCAUGCCGUUCAUUGCUGGAACAUGUCACGGAUGGGGAUGGGGAUUGUCUAUUGUGUUUUUGCUACCAUUUUUCGGUCUCUUUCUUCUUAUUUUAUUACCAAACUCGCCUACACAAUUGAUUGCCAAGUAUAAUAAUGAAGAACAAGCUGAAAACGAUCUAAAACAUUUACGUGGAACAAGUGAUAUCCACGCUGAUCUUGAGAUGAUUCGACAGCAGAUAAGAGAGCAAAGUGGUUCCGGCGGAUCGGAAUCACUUUCGAUCCUUCAGGUAAAUAGUAAAUCAGCCAAAGUAAGAAGUCAUCAUAAUUAUAAUACCUCUUAUCGAUAG